UUGACAUCCUUGGGCUCAUAUGCGAUCAUCUCUUGGCACUUUUCCUUAUAAAUAUAUAUAUAUAUAUAUAUAUUGAUGCAGCAAUCACUGCCUUAUAAAUAUCUCUCCAAUCAUUUGAAAAAGCUUCAGCGAUUUCUGAGAAAGAGAGAGAGAGAGAGAGAGAGAGAUGGGAGCUGCUAUGGAGAUGAGAAUGGCCCUUGUUUGGGCUAUUGUGGCAUUAACGGCGGUGAUGUUCUGGCUUUCAGGGUUGGGAAUUCUAAGUUUCCUAUCCUCUGAGGUCCCCAGAAUGUAUGGGUCGUUGCUGUCGUGGCUCGUGCCGCCUUAUCUCUACAUCAUCAUCAAUGGCAUCAUCCUCUCAAUCGCCGCUUCCUCGAGGUUUCACAAGGUGGCCGCCGAGGAUGUUGAUCUGGCGCCGAUGAUACCAACAACGGAGUUAACUACGCCGGCGGAAUUCGUAGUCGAGAGCGUUAAUGCCGAGGAGUCUCAGGGAGUGGGCGUUUAUUAUAAGGUGGCUGUUGGAGAUGAGGUGAUUAUAGAAGAAGGUCAUGAGGAAAAGGAGUUUGUCUUGAGGCCGAGAGAAGAAGAAUCCGGCGGCGGCGGUGAUAUACUGACGGGGUAUUCGCUUGCUGAGGAGAAACCACUGGUUUCAUCCCGCUUCGGGAAUCAUCGCAAGACAGUGAAAGCAACUCCUGAUGGCAAGGCUUUGGGAGUGGUUCCUCGAUCUAAGAGGAACGAGACACUGGAGAGUACCUGGAGGACAAUAACGGACGGUAGGCCGGUUCCAUUGGCUCGCCAUCUCAAGAAGCCUGACACGUGGGAUGCCCUUCACGGCCCGGCGGCAUCCCCAGUGAGGAAGACAGAGACAUUUAGUGAACGGCGGCGACUAGCAUCGCCUGGAGGGACAUCCUCGUCGGAAGGAAGGAUCCGCCGGGAGCCAUCACUUGGUCAAGACGACCUCAACCGACGGGUGGAGGCCUUCAUUAACAAGUUCAACGAGGAGAUGCGGCUGCAGCGCGAGGAGUCAUUGAAACAGUAUCACGACAUGCUCAACCGCGCAAGCCUGCACUGAUUUCAUUUCUCGUUUCUUUACUACUUUGCCUCCGUUGUCAUGAGUGGACUCUGUAUCCCAGAGGCCUGUGUUUAUUAUUAUAUAUUUUUUUUAAUUUUGAUUUUUUAAUUUUUUAUUUUUAAAAAAAUUCUUGGUUCUUUGUUUUGCCAAAGAAAUUAAAUAUCCCUAUAUUGUAUAUCGUGUUUAA